AUGCGGCUCGUGCACCGUAGGGCACGUCCUGGUGACAGUGUCUGCUUCGUUUGGCCGGCGCUUGGUACACUUCGGCGCUACCUGGAUGUUGCGCAGCACCCGACGAAUGCAACGCAAACGAUAGCAGUCUGGCGUAGACGAUGCUGGGGCUCGUGCUGCUUUCAGCCCGAUAACCGAGGCCAAGUGCCGCGCAAUGCACAACGUCACUGCACCAGAGGCGGACAGGAUAACGAAACGCGUUCUAGGUUCACUGGAUGGCACGCUCACGAACUCGAGGUCAAAGGCAGCGUCUGGCAGCGUCGUUUACCGUCUGUGGGGGUAUUCGCCAGCAGGGACGCUUCGCGUUGGCGGCAGUACCUGGAAACGUUGGGCGCUGCACUGGUCGGGACGUUAUCUGCGCCUUGCUACGCUUCAGGAAGCACAGUGGCGCGCGAGAGUCUUCAAGUUGUGCACGGCAACGCGCUCGUCACACGCGACCUGGCAGCCGCCGUAUUCGCUCUGAUCGGCUCGUACGCGUGGCUGAAAAUAUGGGACUGGCUCGCUACAAACGGAUACAUUGAGUCAACACUCUCUCGUAAGAUCGUUCACAUCACCAGUGUGCCUCUCUUCAUGCUGUCGUGGCCACUCUUUGCCGAGAAUCACGUCGCAGCUGGCGCGGUUCCCGCGGGGGUCUCCCUCCAGUCGUGGUCGACGUUUCUGAGCAUGGCUGCGAGGAGCUCGCAGGGCAUUGCAGCCAUGGUGCCUGCGAUUCUCUCGGUGAGGCUUCUGUUGGCAGGUCUGGGUCUAAGUCAAGACACGCUGGUGAAUGCGUUGGCGCGACAGAAGGCAGCAAUGCAGAAAUGGAUCCGAGAGCAUGCCGAUGAGGACGGCGCCUCGGAGCAAUCCAUGACCGCAAAUGCAUCGAUGGUGGUUCAAGGAGAUCGAAGUGAAGCGCUCAAAGGACCGCUUUACUACUGCCUAGCGACAACGGUAUGUACGUUUCUCUUCUGGCGCGGCCCGUCACCGGUAGGGAUCCUGGCCCUGAUCCAAAUGUGUGUCGGGGACGGGAUGGCGGAUCUCAUUGGGCGUCGAUGGCGAACACCGAAAUGGCCACUACCACGGGGUGGUGGCUCGCAGAAAACCAUCGGCGGCACCACGGUGUUCAUUGUCAGCGCGUUUCUAGUAUCGUGUCUGUACAUCGCGAUUUUCCACGCGUGGGGAUACGUCGACAUCGGGAUCGCUGCUGCGGCAGCGCGCAUUGCAAUGCUUACUGUGUGCUGUGCUGUGGUGGAACUUGUCGCGCCUGGUGAUGAUAAUAUAACGGUACCGCUUUCAGCAUGCCUUAUCGGGUCCUUGCUGUUUCCUGGAAAUUGA